CUUGGAUGCCCUUUUCUAUUUAAGCUUAUUCAAGUCUUUAAGGUGGCUGAACAGGUAGUUUGAGCUUCUAAUGGUGGCACUUAUUGGGUCAGUAGAGAAAUAAUCCUGCAAAAACAUCCAUACCGCACUAAAUUUAUACUGAAUCGAUACCAGAAUCAAUGAAAAGCAUGAAUCACUGAUCAUUGAUUCAAGGAUUGACUUAAUUAACGCAACCGAACAUGUCCCAUGAUGCUCUCAGGGUAGUUGUGUGUGGAGAUGAAUGUGUUGGGAAAUCUUCAAUUAUUGCAUCAUUGGUGAAGGAGAAGUUUAUACCGAAGCUACCUCGAACAAUUCCACCCAUUACCAUUUCCAAGGAAGACUACGUGAACAGUUAUGAUGAGUACAUUUCGAGUCCAGAGAAGAAAAUAGAUAGGACUAGAAGCUCUAAUAGAGAAGGAAGUCGGAAAGUUCUGUCAUCGAUACCUCAGAUAACGGUGAUAGUUGAUACUACAGCUUCUGAUUCAACCACGCUCCAAAGGGAAUUAAAACUUGCCGACGUUUUAUUGUUGGUCUAUUCCGACCAUUACACAUAUGAAAGAAUCUCAUUACAUUGGAUGACUUUAUUCAGAUCCAUGGGGGUCAAUUUGCCGAUUAUUGUUUGUGCAAAUAAAUGUGAUCUUAUUCAAAAAAGCAGUGCACAUGAAUCCAAUUCGCUUAAAAGCCGAAAUGCUGACGAGUUCAUACCCUUGAUCAAGGAGUUUAAAGAGAUUGAAGCGUGUGUUCGGUGUAGCGCUAAAGAUAAUAUUAAUGUUGUUGAAGCGUUUUAUUUAUGUCAAAGAGCGAUCACUCACCCGAUUUCACCUUUGUUUGAUUCAAAAGAACGUAAUUUGAAGCCGGCUGCGGUGAUAGCAUUGAAGCGGGUAUUUUUCCUUUGUGAUAAAGAUCAAGAUGGUUAUUUGAAUUUUGAAGAAUUUUCGAGUUUACAUAAAAAGUGUUUUGGAUAUGACACCACUCUUCAAGAGUACCUAUCGAUAGGAAAGGCAGUUGAUAAGAAGAUAUAUCCUGAUGUCGAUUCAAAUGGAGAAAGUAAAGGGCUAUCUGAAGAUGCCUUCAUAAUGUUAAACAAAAUGUAUGCUGAAAAUGGUAGACAUGAGACCAUUUGGGGCAUAUUAAGAACUUUCCAUUAUACCGAUUCAUUAUCCUUGAGUGAUCGUUUCAUUUUCCCCAAAUUUGAUGUCAAUACAAAUUCAAGUGUUGAGUUGAGUCCUACUGGAUAUAGAUUCUUGGUUGAUUUGUUUUUGAAAUUUGACAAAGACAACGAUGGUGGGUUGAAUGAAGAAGAGUUGAAUAAUUUAUUUAUUCCCACUCCAGGAAUCCCCAGAUUAUGGCAAGAGUCGCAAUUCCCAUCUUCAAUUGUGUGUAAUGAAGAAGGUUAUGUUUCAUUACAAGGUUGGUUAGCACAGUGGAAUCUCACCACCUUUUUAGAUCAUAAAACUACACUAGAAUACCUUGCUUAUUUGGGUUUCGAUGAAGAUAGCUCAGUGAAGGCUUUAAAAGUAACCAAACCGAGAAAACUCCGACAAAAACAAGGUAAGCUCUAUCGUCAAGCAGUCAAUGAUCGGAAUGUGUUCAAUUGCUUCUUACUAGGAGCACCCAAGUCAGGUAAGACUUCGUUACUCGAGCUGUUUUUAAGAGGCACCUAUAGUGAUGUCUAUUCUCCUACCAUCAAACCAAGAAUUUGUGCUAAGGAUAUAGAAUUAAGGGGUGGUAAGCAGUGUUACCUAAUCUUGGAGGAACUUGGUGAAUUAGAGCCUGCAAUCCUUGAAAACAAAAAGAAGCUCGACCAAUGCGAUGUCAUCUGUUAUACUUACGACUCUUCUGAUCCCGAGUCUUUCCAAUAUUUGGUUGAGCUUCGUGAAAAGUAUUCGUCUUUGUUAGAUGAUAUUCCCUCAGUGUUUGUCGCCUUGAAAGCUGAUCUCGAUAAACAGCAGCAGCGGUCAGACGUCCAGCCUGAAAACUACACUCGCGACUUAUUUCUAAACUCACCAUUACAUAUCUGUUCUGCCUGGACUACUUCAUUGCACGAACUCUUCAUCCAGUUGGUGGAUGCUGCAAAAGGGCCCAGCACUGCGACCCCUGGUCUAGAAACAGAGCCGGAGACCCCCGACCUCGAGAACAUAAAGCACUUGGUCAUGGCUGGAAGUGCAAUCACUCUAAUGGCCGCCGUCUCUGUUUGGAUCUGGAGAAGCUCUGUCCAAAGCUCUCGAGCCUAAGAGAUGGAUUUUUCAGUGCAC